GUUGAACCUUCCCUACCCAUCUCCCAACUAAACAGCUCUCCUCUUUCCCCUCCAGUUGUUGCCUCAGCUGCAGAGACCACUUUAAAUGUAGGACCAGGACAAGAUGGCGGAUUUGUCUUUGCUUCAAGAAGAUUCGCAGGAGGAGAUAGACGGAUUUGGUGUGGAUGACUACAGCUCAGAGUCUGACGUCAUUAUUAUACCUUCAGCCUUGGACUUUGUGUCGCAAGAUGAGAUGCUGACACCUCUGGGAAGACUGGAUAAAUACGUCGCGAGUGAAAAUAUUUUUAACAGACAAAUGGUGGCUCGAAGUUUGUUGGAUACUUUAAAAGCUGUAAGCGAGGACGAGAGGGACUGUAUCGCCGUCCUGGAGAGAGUUAGCAGGCUGGCUGAUGACUCCGAGCCUACUGUUCGAGCAGAGUUAAUGGAACAAGUUCCUCAUAUCGCUAUUUUCUGCCAGGAGAAUAGGCCUUCCAUUCCAUUUGCUUUCUCAAAGUACUUGCUACCAAUAGUAGUGAGAUACCUCGCUGACCAGAACAACCAGGUCCGCAAGACCAGCCAGGCGGCCCUGCUGGUGCUCCUGGAACAGGAGCUCAUCGAGAGAGGGGACAUCGAGGCUCAGGUCUGUCCUGUUCUGGUGGAUUUGACGGCCCCCGACAGCAACGACGAUGUUAAGACUGAAGCCAUGGCGAUAAUCUGCAAAAUGGCACCGAUGGUGGGGAAGGACAUCACAGAGCGCCUCUUCCUGCCCCGCUUCUGCGAGAUGUGCUGCGACUGCAGGAUGUUCCACGUGCGCAAGGUUUGCGCGGCCAAUUUCGGGGACAUCUGUAGUGUGGUUGGUGGGGAGGCGACCGAGGAGCUGUUGCUUCCGCGCUUCUUCCAGCUCUGCUCAGACAACGUGUGGGGCGUGCGCAAGGCCUGCGCGGAGUGCUUCAUGACCGUUUCCUCGGCGACCUCUCAGGAAGUACGCAGGACGAAGCUCUCCUCCCUCUUCAUCAGCCUCAUCAGCGACCCUUCUCGAUGGGUCCGUCAAGCUGCCUUCCAGUCCCUGGGCCAGUUCAUCUCCACGUUUGCCAGUCCCUCAAGUGUGGGCCAGUACUUCAGGGAGGAGGAAGAGGGCAGGAACUGCAGCUGCGCCCACCCACAGAACAGCAAGGGGCCGCCUAACCCAGACAACACUACGAGGGAGUCCCCUCCCUGCUCUACCGUAGAGGCCGGCUCGGACAGUAAGACAGAAGCCUCCUCUAACCCAGGAGAGGGGGAAGAUUGCGGCGAGCUGGGCCAGAGCGAGGAUACCCAGGGUUCCCCCUGCUCUCGGGUGCAGGAAGACCUGCCCCACUGCGACGGCCAGCAGCUGGACUUCCGCCGGACGGAAGAGGGCAGCGUGGACGUGGCGGUGGAGGGGGGUGGGGAGCAGGCGGCCGAGGACCUGGCCCCCGACACGGAGCCCGGAGAUGCCCUCCCCUCCGAGGAGAACCAGCCGCCUCCGACCCCGGCGGAACCGGACCCGGACCCCACGGUGAACGGGGUGGCCAAGGAGGGGGAGGACCCAGAAAACGGCAUGGAGAACCACACGGACUCUGACCAGACGGAGGAGGUGGAGGUGGAGGUGGAGGUGGAGGUGGAGGUUGAGGUUGAGGUUGAGGUGGUGGUCGAGGUGGAGGAGGAGGAGGAGGAGCAUGAGCGGCCUUCGGCGCCUUCGCCCUCGCAGCCGUCCUUGUCAGGAGACCCGAUCCCUGAGCAGGAAAUGUACAACUCCUUCCAUUACUGGAGGACUCCCAUCCCUGAGAUCGACCUGGAUCUGGAGCUGCAGGAGGAGGAGGAGGAGGAGGCCCCCAGUAGCCCCAGCCAUCACCGCUCGACCCACAACUCUGGCCCCACACUGGGCCGCAAGGAGCUGGAGGAGAUGAUCGAGAACCUGGAGCCACACAUUGACGACCCCGAUGUCAAAGCACAAGUGGACGUACUGACCGCAGCGCUCCGAGCCGCAGUGCUGGACUCCCACCUGGAGGAGGCCUUCCUGCAGCCCCAGGAGGAGGCCAGAGACGGCCUCUUCAUCGUCAACAGCGUGCCUUCCAUCGCAGACUCCACAGACAUGGAGAGCCGGGAUUCCACCCUGCAGAUGAGCCACACAGGGGACUCGGAGCUGAGUGACAGCAGCAUGAGCCCCGAGGAGGAGAGGAAGUCCAAGCAACAGGACGUGGUCCCCCAGGCUCUCCUGGACCAGUACCUGUCCAUGACGGACCCCUCGCGCGCGCAGACCGUGGACAUGGAGAUCGCCAAGCACUGCGCCUACAGCCUGCCGGGCGUGGCUCUCACCCUGGGCCGUCAGAACUGGCACUGCCUCAGGGACACCUACGAGACGCUGGCAUCGGACAUGCAGUGGAAGGUGCGGAGGACGCUGGCCUUCUCCAUCCACGAGCUGGCCCUCAUACUGGGGGACCAGCUGACCGCCGCGGACCUGGUGCCCAUAUUCAACAGCUUCCUGAAGGACCUGGACGAGGUGCGGAUAGGGGUCCUCAAGCACCUCUACGACUUCCUAAAGCUGCUGCACCAGGAGACGCGCCGCAAAUAUCUUUACCAGCUGCAGGAGUUCCUCGUCACGGACAACAGCCGGAACUGGCGUUUCAGAUCGGAGCUGGCCGAACAGCUGGUCCUGCUGCUGGAGCUGUAUAGCGGUCAGGACGUCUAUGACUACCUGCGGCCGCUGGCCUUCAGCCUCUGCACAGACCGGGUGUCCUCCGUACGGUGGAUCUCCUACAAACUGGUGAGCGAGAUCAUCCGCAAGCUCUCCUCCAGCUCCAGCCUGCUUGCGGACUUCAUGGCCGAGCUCGUCGAGAAGUUCUGCCACUCUCCAAAGUGGUCUGGACGUCAGGCGUUCGCCUUCGUUUGCCAGCUGGCCGUGGAGGACGACUGCGUGUCGCUGGAGCAGUUCUCCGAGCACCUGCUGGCCCCGCUGCUGCAGCUGGCGUCCGACCCCGUGCCCAACGUCAGGGUGCUGUUGGCCAAGACCAUCCGCCAGAGCCUGCUGGAGAGAGAAUAUUUCCUGCAUUCUGCAAACUCACACCAGGAGGCGCUGGAGCAGACCCUGGUGGCCCUACAGAUGGACCUGGACAAGGACGUUAAGUACUUUGCCAGCGUGCACCCUGGGAGCACACGCAUCAGUGAGGACGCCAUGAGCACGACGUCGUCCACGUACUGAGAGCACACUACAGCCACGGAGCCGCGUGGGGGGGGGAGGGGUGGAAGGCCUUCUCCCGCCACCCCGACCACAAAGAUCUCUUGUGCUUUGAAUCGCCACAGAAGCCUUAAAAGCGUCUUCCUUAAACGAGAAAAUACUUGAAUGUCCAGAGCCGAUUCACUCAAAGAAAGGUGCGAGGGGGAGGGGGGGGCGGUGUGGGGAUGGAGUCAUGUGACCACAGCCCUCCCCUCCUCUUCUUUCUCCUCUUUUAACGGACUUUUCACUCCUAGCCCGAGCCAGUAUCACAGAGCUUUAUUGAACCACAUAGCGGGGAUGACUGUCUAACUUAAUGUUUAUAGUGUAAGGUUGUCGUUCUUUUUGAUACCGUGUCGUCGACUUUAUCAUAUGCUGCAUAUACUGUUGUGUGCGUGCGUGUGUAUGAGUGUGUGUGUGUGUGUACCAUCACAGCCUUCUGUGUGCAGUGGAGAGCUGGUGGGUGAGGAAGCACGUUUUCUCUUAAAGGGCUCUGCGCUCUGCUGUUUUAACCUCUAGUGCAGCACAUUGUUGUACCCAUGGCCUGGGAGCCCUGUAGCAGCAGGGCCUCAUACGCCAUGACGAAAACAAUAUUGUAUUUUUUAUUAUUAUGUUGACCAUUUUGUGGACUUAGUCGGGUGGGAGGGGUGGAUAAAAUUAAAGGCAGAAAUGAAUGGAUUAGCAUGGUCAGCGCUUUUGACUUGAAGCCGGGUAUUUUAACUUGAGAAUAAAAUACUGCACCUUCCUCCUUUUUUCCUUCUUUACCUGUUCCUGUGAGUCCUUUUUCAUUGUAGAUAUUGGUUCCUCUCUUCCCCCAUAUUUUGGUCUACGAUCAUGUUUAGUAUUGUGAUACGAGUUUGUUCACUCUACCUGUCCAGAAUAAAAGGAAAUGCAAACA